UAGCGACGGCCACCGGCACUCGUUACAGCUAAAAAAAACGUUAUCUUUUUUUCUCCACCGCGAUUGCCUUGGCCGUUCGCAACUGGUUCUAUAAUCGCAUAAUAGCACUGUACUUCUCGCUGUCCUGUCAAAGUGACGUUUUAAAUAGCGCGAAAAGCGAGCGUGUUUUUUUUUUAAUUUUUUGAACUUUUUUUGUGAGUGAAAAUGAAGGAGCUGGCCGUCGCUUUACCCAGCCAGAGCAAUGGCACCAAUGGCAAUGGUGUAAUCGUCGCCAAAAAUAGGAAAAAAUCUGAAAAUGGUUAAUGCAAUGUCAAAUAUGAACGGAAAAGACGACCAACCGAUCGUCCCCCCCUCAUCCCUAAUCCGCCGGGUCUCCUCCCGUUCCAUCCGAAACUCGAUCUCAGAGGAUAAAGAGAACGGGGAUAGCGUGAAAAGUUUCGUUUCGAAGUACAAGAAGACACCUGAAGCGCUAAAGAGCUUCCAUAUGACGGAUGGCGAGAGUGAACUCGAGGUGCCUGGGACGCCGAUGACACCUAGGACUUCUACAACGCCUGGACAUGAGAACUGCACGUUCCACCACGACCUGGAGCUGGACCACAGGCCCCCCACCCGGGAGGCCCUGCUGCCUGACAUGGCCAGUUCUUACAGACUGCUGCUCACAGGUUUAGGAGAAGACCCAGACAGGCAGGGCCUGCUGAAGACCCCCGAGAGAGCCGCCAAAGCUAUGCUCUUCUUCACUAAGGGCUACGAUCAAAGCCUUGAAGAGGUCCUAAACGAGGCGAUUUUCGACGAGGACACAGACGAGAUGGUGGUAGUGAAGGACAUAGAGAUGUUCUCCAUGUGUGAGCACCAUUUGGUACCGUUCUACGGCAAGGUCUCCAUCGGGUACCUGCCGCAAGGGAAGAUCCUUGGACUCAGCAAGUUGGCCAGGAUAGUGGAGAUCUACUCUCGCCGCCUGCAGGUUCAGGAGAGACUGACCAAACAGAUCGCUAUUGCCGUCACCCAGGCCGUUCGACCGGCGGGCGUUGCCGUCGUCAUUGAAGGAGUUCACAUGUGUAUGGUGAUGCGCGGAGUCCAGAAGAUCAACAGCAAGACUGUCACCUCCACCAUGCUGGGAGUCUUCCGUGACGACCCCAAGACCAGGGAGGAGUUCCUCAACCUCGUGCACUCCAAGUGAGACGUCUAUACCGUUCGCUCGAGCCUUAAAGUCCCCCCUUAUUCGUAAACGUUCACUGAAGUUCACAAGGUGAUGAAAAUCGUUUGUCCCUUUCUGACGUAUUGGUAUGAUUGAAUUUUUUUUUAUCGUCUUCUCAACUUUAGUAAACGUUUAUGAAUAAGGAGGUAAGUUUAGGUGUAAUGCCUGAGUGCACGCCCAUAUUUGGUAUGCUGCGGGGCGGUACGCACUUGCAAGUCAAACAAUUGAAAAUCAU